UAAUUGUCGGGGGAAUCAAGGUGUUGUGCCGGAUACGAAAAGGUGGGUACACCUUCAGUCGGUUGCCCAAACCAAUUAUAGGAGAUAAUGGGCCCACCCGGGAUUGACUUUUCUAGAUAUAGUAGCCAAAAUUUGCAGCCCCAACGAGUUCAGUGACCGAUUGCAGAAUUAGAGAUGGCACACAAGAUUCAAACCCAUUCAACUUUUGCUGUUUCGCAAAUUUCCCCCCUUUUCCUCAAAUUUCAUCUCUCCUCUUUCUCGCAAGCUUGUGAAUUCAGAAAUCUCUCUCUCUCACACACACACAGAAAGAUGCCUAUAGAGAUGCCGAAAGGGGUACCAUUCUCUGUAGAUACAUGGAGCCCUUCUUCGAAGAAGAAGAGGCACCAUUUUCUUACUCAUGCCCACAAAGAUCAUUCCCAAGGAAUCUCCACUCACUCUUCAUACCCAAUUUAUUGCACCCUUCUCACCAAAAGUCUCACGCUUCAACAAUACCCCAAGCUUGAUGAUUCAUUGUUUGUGUGUAUUGAAGUCGGCCAACCAGUCUCUAUCGAUGACCCGGAUGGCGUCUUCUUUGUUACUGCUUUCGAUGCAAAUCACUGUCCUGGAGCUGUAAUGUUCUUGUUUGAAGGCGAUUUUGGUAACAUCCUGCAUACGGGAGAUUGUAGACUCACCUCUGAGUGCUUGCAAAGCUUACCAGAGAAGUAUAUUGGCAAGAAAGGAAGAGAACUGCCGUGUCGGCUUGAUUAUGUUUUCUUAGACUGCACAUUUGGAAGAUUCUCCCUAAAGAUGCCCAGCAAGCAUUCUGCAGUCCGACAGGUUAUUAAUUGUAUAUGGAAGCACCCUGAUGCCUCAGUGGUGUAUCUGACCUGCGACCUUCUUGGUCAGGAAGAGAUACUUGUGAAUGUGUUUCAAACAUUUGGGUCUAAGAUAUUUGUUGAUAAAGACAAGAAUCCAGAAUGUUUUGAUGCUCUAACACUUACAGUUCCUGAUAUACUCUCUCAAGAUCCAUCGUCCCGCUUCCAGCUUUUUGAAGGAUUUCCUAGACUGGGUGAAAGAGCAAAAGCAAAGCUCACUGAGGCCCGAGCUAAUUUACUGCCUGAGCCUCUCAUAAUCCGCCCUUCAGCACAGUGGUAUGUAUGUGAUGAAGAACUUUCAGAGAAUGAAAAGCAAAGAAAAGAGCAAGCAAAUGAAGCAGUAAGGGAUGAGUUUGGUAUUUGGCACGUCUGUUACUCGAUGCACUCGUCCAGAGAAGAGUUAGAGUGGGCACUGCAACUUCUUGCACCCAAAUGGGUUGUGUCGACAACUCCCAAUUGCAGGGCUAUGGAGCUGGGUUAUGUUAAAAAGCAUUGCUUCGGUUCGCAACUAGCAUCCAAGUGCUCUCUCUCGAAACUUCUAGACAUUAGUCUUGAAGAUUCUUUAAAUUCAGGUGUAAGUUUUCCACUUGUGAUGGAAGGCCCCACUCAAACUACUGCUGAAUCUCUGUUACAACCAGUGAAAAUAUCCACUAACCAGAGACCAGUGUUGAUUCUCUCUCCUCCUAGGAAAAGGCAGACUGUUACAUUAUUUGGAAGAGCAAGACUUGGGCUGUCAUAUUAUACUUCAGACGAGGAGAACAAAAUAGCACCAAUUCAAGAUGAGCCUCCUCCUGUAGUUUUAAAUAAAGUUGAACGAGGUUUAUCCAUUCAAGAUGAGCCUUCACAUGAAGUUUUUAAUAAAGUAGAACAAGGUUUCUCAUUCCAUACUGAGGAAGCUGUUGAGGUGAAGUGCAAAAAAUCAUUGGAGAACAAGGCAGAUGUUACUGAAGUGCAAUGUAAAAGGUCUGUGGAGAAAGAUAUAGAAGCCCAUAAGACCGCUUCUUAUCCAACCAUUGGAUCAUCAAAGAGGUUUAAUGAAAGCUUUAGAAAGUUGUACAGGUCAAUGAAUGUGCCUGUACCGCAGCCUCUUCCCUCCUUGGUGGAUCUUAUGAAUUCCAAUAAACGUGCAAAGAGGAGGUUUCAGUUUUAGAUUUACCUAUUCUUGCAAUUUAUGGAGUAUCAAAUCCUUGCUUUGAUGUGCUAAGAAACCAAGAGAAUUAGAAUAAAUCUUCAGAUUGUGCCUGAUGUUCGUUCUUCACCGACUAUACUUUCUAUCUGAGAUGUCAUCCCAGCUGCUUGAACUCUUAGUGAGGAAGAGUGUAGGUAAUUGAAACUACACAUGAAGCUCUGUACUCAGCACUCCCAUUUUAGUUAUUACGGUCGGUCGCUGAAAAUAGUUGCAAUACAAUCACGAUUGAUUCUUUCACCACUCAGAGCAAAUUCAAAUUGAAUUCUAUGAACAGCCAAUAUUACUUAAGUAGUGUAAUGCCAUUAUAUGUAUUUGCAGAUUAUGUAAUUCCCAAGUUUUGUACGGAUUCUUUUAUUUUCUUGUAAUGUUGGAACUUAAUGUAAUUGUAUGCAAAAAGGUUUGUUAUGUUUGGCAA